AUGACCGCGGAAGCCACCACCGUGCUGCCUGCGUGGCUGGACAAGCAGUUCGCGGAGACCUCGCUGAAGGAGAGCGACGCGUCCAGAGACUUGAAGGUCGGCUCGGUGGCUGUGCACAGGGCGACGGCUACGGGCGACAACUACCUCAGCGACGUCUACCGCAUGACUGUCAAGCUGGAGCGCGACGCCAGUCCCCAUGGCAGCUCCCUGUCGCUGAUCAUCAAGUGCCUCCCGACGCGAGAGGCGAUGCAGAAGAUGGCGCAGGAGAUGCAAGCCUUCGAGAAAGAGACUCGCAUGUUCUGCGAUACCAUUCCCGCGAUGUCACAAAUCCUGGAGAAGGCGGCACCCGGUAAAUACACGCAGCUGUCUGCCAAGUGUUUCGCCUCUGGGAAGCAGCCAGUCAGCUAUCUGGUUCUCGAGGACUUGAAGGCCAGAGGGUUCUCGCUGGCGAAGAGGUGCAGCGGACUCGAUUUGGCGCACUCCAAACUCGUGGUCAGGAAACUGGCAGAGUUCCACGCGGCCUCCGUCAAGCUGUUCGAGCAGGACCCGUCGGCUCUGGACAACUACCUGGUCUUCAACGCGUUCCACGGACCUACAGCGCAGCAUGUGGAGUCCUUAUUGAAACAGGGUUGCAGGUUACUUGCGGAUCAGUUGGACACGUUAGACGGAUCGUUCUCAAAGUAUGCGCCGAGGAUACGAACUCUCGCAGAAAGCAUAUUUCCACGGCUAGCUGACUUGACGCAGCGGAAGGGAAAGUUUCGUGUGCUAACCCACGCAGAUACCUGGGUCAACAACAUCAUGUUCAGAUACGCUGCAGGAGUCGUCCAAGACGUGGUCCUUCUCGAUUACCAGUUGUCUUCCUACAGUUCACCUUCGAUUGACUUGCAAUAUUUUACUCACACAAGCCUUACGGAAGAAGUGUACGCCAAUCAUUUAACAGACCUUCUGAAGGAGUACCACAGCCAUUUAAUCGAGGUGAUGAACGAUAUUGGUAUCAGUACGGACAAACAGAUAUCCUUUGAGGAGCUACUGGCGGACUUCGAGGCGCAAGCACUGUACGCCGUUUUUUCGGCAGUAGCAGUGCUGCCAAUCGUGCGCACUCAAGACGAAACUAGAUUCGAUGUGGAAGCGUCUCUGAACGAAAGUGACAGUGCUACCAACAGAAACACCUUCGCGAGCGCUCAGUAUACGCAGGCUAUAAAACAAAUGCUGCCAGAAUUUGAAAAGAGAGGCCAACUGUAG